UUGGAACCAUGGCAACGCUCGGCGAAUUAAAGAUGGCCGCCCUGUUGGAGUCUUCAACAACAGACAUUUAACUCCGCAAUAUAGAAGCCAGUUACUGGCGCAAGUUUGUCCACCGCCAAACACGACGUGUAGCCAUAAGUCAGAGGCGUAAACGUCAUGUUUAGUGACGAAACUCUGGCUUCACUGAGCAUCCAGCCGUCAUGGCGGACAGCGCAAGAGUCUUCUCGGGAGUCGAAAGGCUGUCAGACGCAGGCAGUCCACAGUUGUCAGGUGUCGGUCCAGGUGAGGUCCACCAGCGCUGCCUUCACUCAGACCCAGCAGCCGGAUCCGUCAGUGGAGCGGCAGGAUGAUCCACCACCAUCACCUGGACUGAGCGAGUUCCUGCGGCGGGUGGAAGGCUUGGUCACGCUGGAGCUGCUGAAGAACAGCCGCAGUCACGCUUUUGAUGACCAUCGGGUGCAGUGGGAGGACGGCAGCCAGCCGGUGACGUGUCUCCACAGACUCCAACCUCCCAGCGAGGAAGAGCUUGAGGUGACCUGCGUGUCCUGGAGCUGCACAGGUGCAGUGAUCGCCUGCUCCUACGGUCGCACCUCCCACAGUGACUGGAACUCGGACAAGUCUUACGUGUGCACAUGGAACCUAGACCGUCGGAACGUGAGCCUCAAACAAGCAGACCAGGUCAUCGACGUGCCCACCGGGGUCACCGCUCUCUGCUGCCACCCUGAGCGGCCGGCCAUCAUCGCAGGUGGUCUGUACAACGGUGAGGUGGUGGUGUGGGACACCAGCCGGGCUCAGGAUCUGGUCCUUGCUCAGACUGGAAUGUCCACGGACAGCCACAGAGAACCUGUUUACCAGGUGAAGUGGGUCCCGCUGCAGAAGAAAGAGUUUGGGGUUCUGAGCGCCUGCUCGGGAGGACGAGUGUUGCUGUGGACUCUGGACUCUGAGCAGAACCAGCUGGUCCUCCAUGCAGCGUACGCUCUCAUGAUGCAGCAGGUUCCUCAGAGCAGCAGCAGCAGCUUCAAGGCUGGAGGCAGCAGCGCGGUGGGCAUCACUUCACUCGCUCUGUCCCACUGGGACCCUGACACCUUCCUGGUGGGCUCUGAGGCGGGUCUGCUGCUGCGGUGCUCCUUCUCCUCCCAGACUCUGGCAGCUACACCAUCUGACGGUGAAAGCGUGACACUGAGAGCUCCGGCAGUUUUCUCCUUCCGGCCCAGCACAGGUCCGAUCCACGCUAUCCACUGCUCCCCGUUCCACAGGAACGUGUUUGUGAGUGCUGGGACCGACGGUCUGGCCCACCUCCACUCUCUGCUGCAGACAGACCCGCUGCUCUCACUGAGGGUGUCAGACUCUUAUGUGUUUGAGGUUCAGUGGUCUCCAACACGACCACUGGUGUUCGCUGCAGCGACUGGACAAGGUGAUGUGCAAAUAUUCGAUCUGAGUCGCAGGUCCUUGAAACCGGCGGCCACCAUCGACCACGGCCAGACUGGUCAGGCCGCGACCUGUUUGUCCUUCAACAGCCAGAAUCCACGAUUGCUGGCGGUGGGAAAAACAGACGGUACAGUGGGUAUCUGGCAGCUGAGCUCGCACCUGACGGAGCAGAUCCCCUCAGAGAUGGACCAGCUGGAGCAUAUGGCCACUCAAGCAGCAGAGUAGCUCCUCUGCUGCUUUUCCUGAAAUGCCUCCAAAGUGAAAUAAAGUCAAGAAUGGAAGGUU